CAAAGCCGCACGUUGAAAAUGUCAUUUGCUUUAUCGCCAACGAUAAGCCUGCACAAUUUAAUACUAAAUUUUUCAAUUUUGGUGUGACAUUCAAACGGUAUUUCAAUUCAAUUAAAAUUGCUAAAAGGAUUUCUAUUUAAAUGUCAAUAAACGUAGCGAAUCAAUUGAUACGAAAUUAUUAUGGAUUGGGACGGAUGGCAAACUAUAGAAGUGUGAAUAGAUUGUAUAGUACUCGUAUUUUAAGCUCAAAUCAGACUCUAAUAUGCAGAAAAACUGUUUCGAUAAAUUUGUGCGAGUACAGCACUCAGAAACCAUCGUCAAAUGCACCAGCAUCACCAUCAAUUCUGCCAAAAAUCACUGCACUACUCAGUGAAACCAGUAAAUUGACACCAGUGUCACAGACCAUCAUCAAUAAUGGAAGGUCAUUGUUUCGGCGACAGUGGGAUGCAUUUUUCAAUUGGUACGAUGAAAUUUCACACACAAACGAGGUUCGUAUUGCACAUAAACAAGUUGAAGAUCUGCAAGACAAAUUGAAUCAAGCUCAACAAUUGCGUCGUGAUGUUAGCAAAGAACUCAAUGACAUUCGAUACGAAUUACAAGUGUGCUAUGCCGAUCAGGCAAAUUGUCAAAAGGGCGAUCCACGGUAUUUGGAGAUGAUUCGAAGAGAAAUUGAGGUGUCCAGCAGAGAAAAGCAGAAAACUGAGGAAUUCAAUUUGCUUGAUAAAGCCGAACGUGAUCUUUUCAUAUUGAUGCAAUCAGCUAUAAAAACAUCACAUGAAAAAGAGAAAAUUCAUACAAACUCAGCAAAGUAUUGGUCAAUUGUUGGAUCGUUAGUAGGUGCACUUCUUGGUAUUUGCGGUACAGCGUUUAGUUUUUACAAUCGCAAUGAUCUAUUGGCGGAUAUAAACAAAGAGUUUGUUGUGAUACGAGAUGAUACUAAAUCGAUAAGCGAACAAAUUCAGCAAUUGACAAACGAACAACGAAAUUUUCUGCAAGCGCAAAAGCAACGUGAUCGUGAACUAUUGGAAAAAGAAGCUGUAGCAUAUGUGAAACGAGGUCAACAACCAACCACAAUCAGCCAAAGCGACGAAUCAUGGAUUCAUUGGAUCGCACGCAAAAGUUAUGUGAUUAGCAUCUAUAGAUAUUUUGUGCCUAAAACUCUGUCGAAUUCUGAAUAAAACCAAAUUUUGUUUUUUUUUUU